AUGGCAAAAUCAAGUGUAAAACACAGAGCUUGUUCUCGAGAAUCUUCAGUGUCUUCUCUCCUAGCAAGCUGCAGCCUGAGUGGCAGUAGCUUGUCUAGUUCUGAUGGAUCCUUUCAGUAUAAGGAUAAACUAUACAACUCUGCUUCGCAGGCUCUGCAGGCCUAUAUCGAUGACUUUGAUCUAAGCCAAAUGUAUCCAAGCACUGGAAAGAUUAACACUGGCAAGCGUGCUGCUAAUGUGUCAAAAUUCUCCACAUAUAUUUGUGAAAAUAAUGCUUUGGGAAAUGUUGAUCAGAAGAAGAGCUCACAGUCCUUGUUAUCCUACAGAAAAGAGACUGUUAAUGACACGGACUCCAUUAGCUUGACGACUGAUGAUCUGUUAGCGCUUCCAGCAGACGGAGCAUUACCUUCUUCCACUCACAUUGGACCAGCUCACCAAACUAAUAGGAAGAACAAGAAAUGCUUAGGAAGACUAUGUUCAUCGGACCUUGAAAAGAAUCCAAAUUUGCAAGAAUCCUUCUUUCCCAUGGGCAAGGAUAACUUAGUUACUCCUGUUAUGUACACAAAUAUAAAUGGAAAGCAACGCGUGAGACUGAAAAAUCACAAAAUUGUGAAUAAGACAAAAAAAUGCAUUUCUGCAUCAUCGUUAUGUUUUCCCAAGAAGUUAUCUUCCAAGGACAGCUCAGAGCACAAUCUUGAAAAGAAUUAUCCAAGAUGGCUUACUAGCCAGAAAUCUGAUCUUAAUGUUUCAGGGAUAACCAGUAUACCUGAUUUCAAAUACCCUGUCUGGCUCCACAGUCAAGACUUAUUGCCUGGUCCAAACAGUCAAAGGACCUCUAAAAUACUUCAAGAAGAUCAGUGUUCCCCUAAACAUAGCUAUCAGGCACAAAGAACUUCUCGCCUUACCAAUAAGUUAGACUGUUUUGAAUACUCUUUUGAACACUCAAACUUUUUCGAUUCCUUGCAGGAUGAAAAAGGAUUAGUUAACAAGUACAAAUGUGGUUUUGAAUGUAGCCAGUGUCAGUAUGAGAAUCUACUUCUUCCAGGACAAUCCCAAAAGCCAUUCAGUGAUGACAAAAUCGAAUUACUUAUCCUGAAAGCCAAGAGAAAUCUAGAGAACUCCCCUGAAGAAUUACCAAGCUCUCUGAAAAAUGAUGGCAGUCCUUGCUCAGUAGAUAAACUGGAAGCAGAAAGAUCAUGGGAAAAUACUCCUGUUACUUUCAAAUCACCUGUUCCUGUUGACUCUGAUGAUAAUCCUCAGCAAACCUCAAAGGCAAAAUACACGAAAGAGUUCCUUGAAGACUUUUUAAAUAAUGAUAAUCAGAGUUGUACCCUCUCUGGAGGCAGACAUCAUGGUCCUGUUGAAGCCCUGAAACAAAUGCUAUUUAAUCUUCAAGCAGUCCAAGAAAGUUUUAAUCAGAAUAAAACCACAGAGCCAACAGAAGAGAUGAAGCAAAUUUCAGAAGAUGAAUUUUCAAAAUUGCAGUUGAAGGAAAGUAUGAUUCCUAUUACUAGGUCCCUUCAAAAGGCUUUGCACCAUUUAUCUCGUCUGAGAGACCUGGUUGAUGAUACCAGUGGGAAACAGUCACCGAAAACAUGA